GAGCGCACCAGAGCCCUCUGCGUGCGCGUGAGAUUAGGCUGCUCUUAGCUCGCGGUCCGGUGAACGCGAGGACACCGGCACAGUGAGAAUCCCACACACCGCGGCUGGUCUUCCGGGAAGGAUGUCCGUGAUGAGUCCGUGGAGGGGAACCAGAACCAGAGCCUAGCGGCUGCCUCCGGAUGUGUGAAGGUGUUUCGGGUCCUGUGGGAGGAACAGGUGUCUGCUGCUCUCUCCGUCCCGACUGGGACUGCAGGUUGUCUGGGUCUCUGGUCUUCUGGCGCUUCCCCCCCCUUCGUCUCUGACCAUGUUGUGGACACGGUGGCUCGUCCUGCUGCUUUGGUUUGGAGCCACCAGCGCAGAGCAGCAGCAGCAGCAGCAGGAGGAUGAGAGGGACGGGCACCGGGCCGAGGUCAGGUCGGACCCCCGCAGGCAGCGCUCCUCUCCGCCGGUGGAGCCGCUGGACUUUGGGUUUGUACCCGCAGCGGUUUAUGAUACCCACGCUUACUACGAGCCGGGGACCAUAGGAAUCCUUUUCCACAUGGUCCACGCGUUCCUGUACGCGGUUCAACCAAACUCUUUCCCCAAAGAUCUUAUUGUUAGAGUCAUUCAGCAAAACAUGGGAGGAAUUAAAAUAGAAGAAUGGAGAAAGCCAGAAAACGUCCUCCUGCUGCUGCAGUGGAUCCACUAUGAGUCUGGUUUCCUAAUAUGCGCGGUCUUUGGAAUCGUCUUCGUGGUCCUCACCCCCAUCGUUGCCACCUGUUUCUGCAUGUGUCGAUGCUGCGACAACUGCGGAGGUGAGAUGCAUCAGAGGCAGAGGAAAAACGCCGACUGUCACCGAGGGUUCUUCACCGCCUCGCUCAUCGCCACCACCAUCUUCAUCAUUCUUGGAGUUUUUGUCGCCUACGCAGCCAACCACAACGUCAGCACUCAGAUCAAGAGCACCCGCAGACUCAUAAACACCAACAUGAGAGACCUAAAGACAUUCGCCAACAACACGCCAGCGCAAAUUGAAUAUCUGACCGCCCAGUACACCACUGCAAAGAACAAAGUCCUGUCAGACCUCGACAACAUUGGACCUUUGCUGGGAGCCAGAAUCCACAGUCAUCUGGGGAAAGAGGUGGUUCCUGCGCUGGAUGCUGCCCUUCGUAUGGCAGGAGCAAAAGUUGAGAGUGCUAUAAAAGCCAUGCGGGAGACCAAAGAGGCCCUGGAGAACGUCAGCUCUGCGUUGGAGAUCCUGCAGGAAGGGAUGGGUAGGCUUCAGGCCAGUCUGACAGGGGAGCGCUCCUCCCUGUCCAACACCCUGUCCGACCCGGCCUGCACCAACGGAGCCGUGUCCCCCACCUGCAACACCAUCCGCUCCACGCUGCCGCAGCUGGGAGUCAACGCCGACUUCUCCAAGCUCCCGGAUGUUAACCACGCCUUGACCAACAUAAAUACUGUACUGAAAGUAGAUCUCAGCAACUUUGUCCAAAAGGGUUAUGCCUCCUUCAAUGACACUUCAGCUCUGGUAAAAGAGCAAACCAGAAACAUAGUUACAGCUCUGCCUCGAGUGAAAAGCAUGCUGGAUAAGAUUGGGAGUGAGAUCACUGCCUUCUCCAAAAUGUUCCCAGUGGAAUCCUCUCUUGCCAAUUUCACCAUAUUUCUCAACGACAGACACAAGGUCAUCGAGUCCUUUUACCCUCAGAUCGACCAAAUGGAUUUCUACAGGUGGAUCGCCUGCGUGGCGGUGCUCUGCACGGUCGUCCUGAUUCUGGCCUUCAACGUGCUCGGCCUGCUCUGCGGCACCUGCGGCUACGACAGGCAGGCGACGCCGACGACACGCGGCUGCCUGUCGAACACCGGUGGAAACCUGCUGAUGGCCGGCGUGGGCUUCUCGUUUAUCUUUUCCUGGGUGCUGAUGGGCCUCGUUACCACUCUGUUUGUUGUUGGAGGAAACGUGGAGAAGCUGAUAUGUGAACCUCUGGCAAACCGACAGCUAUUCAAGAUCAUAGAUACACCAUUCCUGGUUCAUCCUGAAAAGAGGAAUUUCCUUCCAGGGAUGCUCUUCCAGAAUCCAAACAUCGAAUUGACCCUGGGCAGCAUGUACAGGGAGUGCUAUGAGAACAACGGCCUGUAUCACGCGCUGCAGCUGGAGAACAUCUUUAACAUUAACUCCUUCCUGAACCGCACCGUGUACAACAAGGACCUGGCCAAAGUGUUCGAAGGAGUCCAGGUGGACCUGAAGGACAUCAUGCUGCUGGACCAGGCCGGCAGAGAUAACCUCAUGAACUUUGCAAACGCAGGAGUGGGAGAGAUCGACUAUCCGGCUUACCUGGCUGAGGUGAAUAAGGGGGUCACUGUUGUCGAUCUGCUGUCUUUCUGCUCCGACCUGGAGGACCAGGCCGACCAGCUGCCGCGAGGAGCUCUGGAGAACGCACUGAAAGGACAUGCCAGCAGCAUCAGAACCAUCCACAGGGAGCAGGUGGUUCCCUUGGAGCAAGCGAUGAAAUAUGUCAGAGCGAGGAGCACCCUGAGCCAGAGCAUCAAACUGCUGCAGAGGACGUCCAACGACCUGCCUGUUAAAGUCACCAAUAUCCUGAGCGCCAUCGACGCAGCGGAGUAUCUCAUCACUCACAAUGCCUCACACGUUGUGAAACAGGAGACGAAGGCCUUCGUGCAGAGCCUGGUGGGAUACUUCAAGCAGUACACCGAAUGGGUUAAAAACUCGCUGACUGCCGAGGUAGCCCAGUGUAAACCCAUCAGCAACAUGGUGGACAGCAUGGAGAUAGUGGCCUGCAGCUUCAUCGUCGACUCAGUGAACACGUUUUGGAUGGGUUUGGGAGCCUGCUGCCUCCUUCUGAUUCCCAGCAUCAUCUUUUCCGUCAAACUGGCCAAAUACUACAGACGGAUGGACACGGAGGACGUCUUUGAAGAUAGGGCUAAAACAGGUAAUCGUGAUGAACAGGUGUGUGAUAUCAGUGGAAACGUCCCUCCGCUCAGCUCUCCCUAUAAUGACACACUGACUUGGUUCCCUCGGGCCUCAGCCCCACCGAGCGAAUGGUGACCUGCUGGAUCGCUCGGCCUUGUUGGAGUGGGCAGGAGAACUGGAACUGACCUGUCCUGGAAAGGCUUCACUGGAUCAAAAGAAAGGGAACAAAAACCAACAAUCAGGAACACUCCUUGAGCUGUUUGCCAUCUGCAACCCCCUGAAGUCCUCUCCUGGUCGCUCCUGCAACCUUUUAGCUUUUCAUGCUGUAGAAAUAAUUUGGUUUCUGCUGAAAAACCCAGAAUAGUAGAAAAUUAAACUGCAUGUACAUCAGUUUCACAACGACUGAAGUGUAAAAAAAAUUUUUUACACUUUCAAAACUUUUGGAAGUUUUAUAUCUUUUUCUUAAUCUUUGUUUUAUAUAAUGUUAGUACUGUUUUUUGUAGAUUUAUUGUUUGGUUCUUUUUUUUUUUUUUUCUCUCUGUGGAUAUUUGUAUCAUAGCUUAAAUUAUUUGGUAUGAUUGAGUUUAUUUCUUGGGGAAGUAUAAAACAGUCAGGGCGAUAGUUUUGCUAAGCUAUUAGGCACAUUAGUGGUUAAUUAGGACCUAAUAAAAGAUUAUUGUAAUAUACUGACUGAAAUAUUAGACGUUUAACCUAAUAAUGGCUUUAUGAGAAGUCUUUUUGAUCACCAGAGCUUUAACUUUUCUUCUAAUCACCAUUAAUGUCUGCAGAAAAACUCUUUUCUGUCCAUUAAAUAGUUUUUCAGACAAAAGCCUAAAAUUUCAAUCCCCUGGGUUCCAAAAAAAGAGGAACCUUACAGUUUACAUUAUAACAGUUACGUAAAUUGAAUAUAUAUAUAU